UUAAUCCUUAAUUACCAUUCCCCAACGGCCCAACCAACACUUCUUAAUCACUAAGCAUAAGAUCCACCAUUCACCCAAAAACCCUUGAAUCCCAUUUUAAUUUUUCAAGCUCCACAUAACAUACACGAUCCUGUUUCCCAUCUUUUGAUGGAAAAACGCUUCCUUUUUGAAUUUUAACGAUCGGUGUUUCUUUUGUGUUAGUGGAGGGUUCUCAAUUGCGUAGUUAUUCGAAGUUGCUGACUUUAGAAUUGGGCCAAAAAUGGGGUCAAUUUGAAAGUUUCAAAUUCAUACUAUUCAUGGUCUCAACUUUGAAACACGAUUGUUAGAUGGCAAUGGUUAUAUGAGCAUGCAUAUAGGGAAAAGUUCCUAUCUUUCAUUCUUUCCCCGAUUAGUUGGUGAUAUGCAUGAAUUUACAUGAAGGGGUUGUUGAUAUUAUCCUAGGGUAGCAAUAUUUACAGUUGUUGAAGAUUUGAAGUUGUUGCAUAUAUUAGAUUAGCUUAUUGUCGCUGCUUCAAUAAUGGGUUGCAUAACUUCCAAGAGUUCUGCAGCUGUUGAUGACAGUAGGGAAGGUAUGAAAAGGAAAUUGGCAUCAUCAUCAUCAUCAAGCAAAAGGGUAUCAUCAAAUAUCAGUGUUCCAAGGCUGAAUUCUUCUAGAAGAGUUGAGGAUAAUAAGGUUUUGGAUGGUGUUGAGUUAAAGAAUAAAAUAGAGAAGCAUGAAUUGAGUGGUGUGGUUGAUCAUCAUCAUCAUAAUUAUCAUCAUGGAAUUGGAAGAGUUCCAAAGGCUUCACAGGGAGAGCAAGUUGCAGCAGGGUGGCCCACAUGGCUUUCUUCUGUUGCUGGUGAAGCUAUCAGAGGGUGGAUACCUAGGAGUGCUAAUACUUUUGAGAAGUUCUAUAAAAUUGGCCAAGGAACUUAUAGUACUGUAUAUAAAGCACGUGACAUAACUCACCAAAAGAUUGUUGCCCUGAAGAGAGUACGUUUUGAUAAUCUCGAUCCUGAGAGUGUCAAGUUUAUGGCAAGGGAAAUCCUCAUUCUGCGCAGGCUUGACCAUCCAAAUGUAAUAAAGUUGGAGGGUUUGAUAACAGCGCCAACAUCUCGCAGCUUGUACCUUGUUUUUGAAUAUAUGGAACAUGAUCUUACUGGACUUGCAGCAAAUCCUGCCAUUAAGUUUUCUGAACCACAGGUUAAAUGCUACAUGAAGCAGCUCCUUAGUGGAUUAGAUCAUUGUCAUGGUCAUGGUGUCCUCCACCGUGACAUAAAGGGCUCAAAUCUUCUCAUUGACAAUAACGGCAUCUUAAAGAUUGCAGAUUUUGGCUUGGCAAAUUUUUUAGAUCCCCAUCAUAAUGUUCCAUUGACCAGCCGUGUUGUAACUCUAUGGUAUAGACCCCCAGAACUUUUACUUGGAGCAUCUCGUUAUGGAGUUGCAGUGGAUUUGUGGAGCACUGGUUGCAUACUUGGAGAAUUAUAUUCUGGCAGGCCCAUAUUGCCUGGAAAAACAGAGGUUGAGCAAUUGCAUAAGAUUUUUAAACUUUGCGGAUCACCAUCCGAGGACUACUGGCGCAAAUUGCGGUUGCCACAUUCAACGGUAUUCAGGCCUCCGCACCAUUAUAGGCGAUGUAUUACAGACACAUUUAAGGAAUGCCCAUCUGCUGCCGUGAGGCUUAUAGAGACCCUACUUUCUGUUGAUCCUACAAAUCGAGGAACAGCAGCCGAUGCUCUAAAGAGUGAUUUCUUUAAAUUGGAACCCCUUGCUUGUGAUCCAUCAAGUUUACCAAAAUAUCCUCCUAGCAAAGAGAUUGACUCUAAAAUCUUGGAUGAGGCAACAAGAAGGCAAGGAGCUGCUGGGGGAAAGCAGCAAAAAUCUGGAUGGAGAGUCAGACAGGAUAACGAACAACAUUCUUUUGUCCAAUCAAAAGGCAAUGUUAACUCCCGCAAGUCAGUGCAGCAAGGGCAACAUUGUUCAAGCUCAAAGAGCCAGAGUGGAUUGUUAAACUCUCACGGCGAAGCAGUGUCUGGAUAUUUAGUGUUUCCACAUAACCAGUCAAAUGACACUAAAGAAAUGGAAAAUGACUUCUCUGGACCUCUUUAUCGGAGGCCUUCACAUUCAGGUCCAUUAGUUCCGGUCUUUGCCUGGGAAAAGGCUAGAAACGAAGUUGGUGACCAGAUUUCUGGAUCAAACAAAGCCAAUCUUUCAAAAGUGUCUGGUUUAGUGGCAUCUAGGACUACGGUGUCUCAGGAUCAAGAACAAAAGCCAGUUCCCUUGAAGUCGAAGAAAACAAGUCAACUACAACAAUCUUUUGUUUCGACUAAUGGUGGUUCAGGAACAAGGAGGAGGCAUGAUAGGUCUCGCUUGUCUCAGAGAAUCGAUAUCAGUCAACUUCAAGAAGGAAAAAUCCCCACUGAAAAUUUAAUUCAGGAUGGACGUGAGUCCAUGGGAAACAAAAUGUAUCUCUCUGGCCCAUUGGUGGUUUCAUCAAACAAUGUAGAUCAGAUCCUCAAAGAACAUGAUAGAAAGAUCCAAGAAUAUUCAAGGCGAUUAAGAAAUGAUAGGUCCAAAGGUGACAAGAUUCAUGCAAAGUGAAAGUUAGAUGAUUAGUCAUUAGUCAAUCACAUACUUCAUUUCUGUUUAUAUAUAAUUAUUACGCAUCCUACAUUCAACACAAGAAUCAUUAACAUGCAUUAGGUACAUUUAAAGGUGAGAUUGUGAUGUUUAUAUGUACUUCAAAUUAUUCAACCGUCCAUCUCACCUUUAGGUUUACCUAGUGUAUGAUAAAUUGAAUUCAAUUUUAUGCAUAGUAGCAUUCUCCUUUAAUGGCAAUAUUAUUUAUAUCUAAACAUUGCAGAAUCUGAAAAAGUAUGUUCAAGCAAGCACAAUUUGUAAUUAUAUAAACAAUAAUGUAAGUUGUGGCAUUUUAUAAAAAGAAUUUGAUUUGAAUA